AUGUCCCUCCUGAAGAAGUUCACGAGGGAAGAGAGCGUCUCGAACGUGUCCAACCUCAAGUCUAGCGUGACGCGUGGCAUUCGAGCGAAAAUCCAGGCCAAGUACCCCUGGCUCGAUGAGAACGGAGUCCUCGACGUGAUUUUCCCGAAGAAGGAGACGGUCAAGCUCGCCAAGUGCGCCGACCGCGUCCAGCUGCUCGUCAUCGGCGACGAGCCGCUGUUCUUCAACCACUUCGACGGCCCGUGGAUGCCCACGCUCCGCCUGCUGCACAAGUACCCCGACAUGAUGCCGCGCUUCACCGUCGACGCCGGCGCGAUCAAGUUCGUCCUGUCCGGCGCCCACAUCAUGUGCCCGGGCCUCACGCACCCGGACGCGUCCAUGGCGGACGUGGACGAGCACGAGCCCGUGGCCGUGUACGCCGCAGGGAAGCAGCACGCGCUGGCGGUGGGGUUUACGCAGAUGUCGAGCCAGCAGAUCCGCGAGGUGAACAAGGGGGUCGGCGUGGACAACAUGCACCACCUCGCGGACGGCCUCUGGCGCACGACGCGGAUAUGA